AUGGCCAGCCUGGAGACAGACAACUUCAUUACUUGUCUCAAGUGUUUCAUUGCUCGCCGCGGACGACCACGGGUCAUCUACUCAGAUAAUGGCGGUACCUUCAUCAAAGCCGAGAAAUGGCUACGGCAGUUACGGAAAGAUGAGCGUCUCCAGGGUCUUCUUGAACAACACGAAAUUACCUGGAAAUUCAACUUGAGCUGCGCCCCUUGGUGGGGGGGUCAGUUCGAGAGAUUAAUUGGAGUCGUGAAAUCCUCCCUGUACAAAACUAUUGGUGGAGCUACUCUAACCUGGCCUGAGCUAAGUGAGGUGCUACUCGACGUUGAAAUGCAGAUUAAUCGCCGCCCAUUGAGCUAUGCGGAAGAUGACAUCGAGUUACCAAUCUUAACGCCUUCAACCUUCUUGUACCAGCGAACAAACCAGUUACCGGAAGAGGAGACCUGGAGGAUAACAGACCAAGACACCAGGAGACGUGCAAAGUAUUUGCGAACCUGUAAGGACAAAAUGUGGAGUCGAUGGCAAAGAGAAUACCUUACAGCACUAAGAGAAAGACACAACCUGACGCACACAGUGAGCAAGUUCCAACCUAAGAAAGGAGACGUUGUCAUAGUGAAAACUGACAGCAAGAAUCGUGGAAUAUGGCCGCUGGCCAUAGUGAAUGAAGUUUACCCUGGCAAUGACGGCGUCAUACGCGCAGUCCAACUUAAAACUGCCAAAAGCAUGCUGGAACGACCAGUACAACAUUUGUACCCAUUGGAACUUGAGUGUGACGUCAGCACUCAAGUGGCAGAUCCACGCUUAAACCCACAGGCUCAGGAUUUCCGCCCUAGAAGAGACGCAGCAGCAGCAGCAAGGUUGCAAAUGAAACAAGUUGCAGAUGUUGAACAAUGUGAACUAUGA